AUGGUUCUGCGGCGGCAGACAAAGGCGGUGGGGCAAGUCAGCAGGCAUACGCACCAUGCAAAAUCACGCCACCUGAGCCGGGCCGCUGCUUUGACGCCUUCUGUGUUGUCGGCUUUGAUUUUGCAAUCGUCGUGGGCCAGCAACCAACAGCCUCACGUCAGGGCCCGCGCAAAACUGAUCAUCAGCCAACUCACCAUCCGCGACCAGCUGGCUUUUCCCAGCGUGCCCUGCCAUGACUGGGCAUCCGAAUUCCAGAGCUUGACCUUUCGGCGGCCAAUGUUGCAUUUGAUUCUGGGCAGUAAUAAGAGCUUUGGUCUCAAGCUUGUGGAUGCGUUAUGGGCAGCCGAACUUGGAGACCUCUCGCGACUGCGGCGGUACUUGCACGACCCCGAGAGUGCUGAGGAGAUUCUGCGGAUUUGCCGAGAUGUACAGCGUGCUGAGGCAGACGCGAGCCGCAGACUUCGCAUCAUGCAGCCCGGCAAUGAGUGA